GCCGCCGGCACACGGCGGAGGCGCCACGCGCCAGCAGGCCGCACCACGUGACCUCAAGGCACGGCCACCCCCGCAGCGGCCCUCCUCCUCUGUCCCGUCCGUCCGGCGGCACCACGGAAUGCGGAUUCAAAAUUCAAAACGCACACGCACUGCUGACGUUUUGUCACGGUCGCCGGCCCAUCCAUCGCCGGCCCAUCCCGUCCCGUCCACCCUUUGGAACGUUUCAAAGGAGGAUCGGAGUCAGAGCGCAGCAGCACAGGCGCACAGCGCGGUGGUGCUCGCUCCCCCCCACCAAUUAAGCUCGUCCAGUGAGCGCGCGCGCGUCCACGGCACCUCCUUGCUCUGGCUGCUGCUCCGUCUCCGCCCCCGCCUGUGCCUGCGCGCGCGUCACCCGGUGGUGGAUUGGUUGCGCACCCAACGGCUCCGCCGGCAUCGUACCGCUUGUUCGCUUGCGAGAUUGUGCGGAGUGGUUGCUGGCCGGCCGCGGCGGUGGCGGGCGGGCGGGCGCACCGAUAUAGGUGGCGACCACGACCUCUUUGGGAUUCGAUCGGCGGCAAGAGGAGAACCGCGGCGCGGCGCCAUGGACGCGCCCUUCUUCCACGAGCUCAGGCGGCAGGCGUCCUCCUACCUCACCGGCAAGAUCCGCUCCGCGCGGCUCGCGCUCACCGACGUCACCCCGACGCAGCUCAUGACGGAGGAGGCGACGAACGGGGACGCGUCGCCGCCCAACGUCAAGACGAUGGGGCUCAUCGCCCGGCAGGCGUUCGAGAUCGACGAGUACGUCCGGAUCGCGGGCAUCCUGCACAGGCGCCUCGCAGGCUUCGACCGGCGGCAGUGGCGCGAGGCCUACAAGGCGCUCCUCCUCCUGGAGCACCUCCUCACGCACGGGCCCCGGAGCGUCGCGGCGGAGUUCCAGAAGGACAGGGACGCCAUCGCCCGGAUGGCCACCUUCCAGCACAUCGACGAGAAAGGCUUCAACUGGGGCCAGACGGUGAAGAGCAAGUCGGAGCGCGUGCUCAAGCUGCUGGAGCGGGGCCCGUUCCUGGAGGAGGAGCGGGAGCGCGCGCGCCAGAUCGCGCGGGAGAUCAAGGGCUUCGGCAGCUUCAACCUCAGCAGCGCCUCGCGCGCCGUCGCGCAGCCGCCAGGUGACGACGGCGGCCACGGGUACGGCCGGAGCAACUCGCAGUACGAGGAGCGGUGGCGGCGCGACGACGGCGACUGCGACGGAGGCCGCGGGUACGGCCGGAGCAAUUCGCGGUUCGAGGAGCGGUGGCGGCGAGAGGACGGCGACGAGGGUGACAAGGAGAACCUGGUGACACAGCCGGAGCCGCCGCCUCUGGCACGGGAAGUGGAGGCGGAGGAGCCGCACCACCGCCACCCCUUCCACGGGUUCGGGCAGCAACCGCCAGAGGCGAUGCUGCUCCUGAGCCAGUGAAACGAACCGUGCGGCGUGCGCUUCUGUUAGUAGUUUGCUGGCACUGCUGAAACGAACCGUAAUGCUUGGGCACUCUGAACUCAAGUCUGUCUGAACUACUCCUAGAUGUUUAUGUUCCUGUUCCAGCCUUGUAAAUUUCUACCCUCGCAGUCAGUUCUGAUGCUGUGAUGUACUACUAGAGAACAUAAGAACAAGUCUCAAGUUUGUGGCAAAGCUCUAUAAAACUUCCACUUAAUUUGUGUGAGAUUACAGAA